AUCACCAAUCGCUUUGAAGGUGAAGAUAAAGAACAUGUAACAAGGAUGUUCACGAUAGGUUCGUCGGAUUUGAUCAAACUGCCUAAUGUUUGCCCUGUGCCUAUGCCAAUUCCCUUGGAGAACAAAAAAUCAUCGAUUUGUUAUACCUAUUCCGUUUGCGGUUGUGACGGUAUGAUAUGCUAUUACAAUUACUACACUUGUAUAUAUCUAGUCAAUCCUAAUACUAGAUGGUUACGAAGUGUUCCUCAAGCGGGGCAUCAAGAAGCUGCUCUCAAGGUGAUGAAUAAAAUGGGAACCUGGACGGAAGAUAACGAUGGCAUUUUAUGUAAUCUAGGAUUUGGCAAAGACAAGUUCACAGGCAGAUACAAAUUGGUUUGGUUAUAUAAUUCAUUUGAGUUUACUCUAAGUAACACUACAGUUUGUGAAGUUUAUGAUUUUAAUAACACCAACACUUGGAGGUAUGUGACUGCUUCUCCUGUCCGUAUUUUUGAUGAACAAGCUCCAGUACACUUAGAUGGAUCACUUUACUGGUUCACUGAUGAGUAUAUCACAGACACAAAAGUAUUAUCUUUCGAUAUCCAUACAGAAAAAUUUCACAUGAUCGCAGAAGCUCCAUUUUUCGAAGUAGGUGAGAAGGAAAUCAUCAUGUGCACUCUGAAUAACCGUCUAUGCGUCUCGCAGAAAGAGUGGCCAAAACAAGAGAUUUGGUCACUAAAUAAUUCAGAUAUGACUUGGGACAAAAUAUAUUCGUUAGAUCUACAAACUGAUUAUGAUUGGUUUACGGAUUAUCUGCCACCACCAUGCACUUAUUCGCCAGACGUUGUUCCAUGUGCCAUUCCUGUCGCGGUUUUGAAGAACAAGAAGAAAACACUAGUGCUUUAUUAUCCUCGUGCGAAGAAUCCGAAUCUUUUAAUGUACGAUCCUGAAUCAAGAUCAUAUGAUUUAUGUUUCGUACGUGAUUACAUAGUACAUUCUUGCGAGAGUUCAUUUUCUUGUUUCCCAAGUUUGGUGUCAAUUGUAUAA